CGUUCGGCGGCAGAACAGCAGUGGCCACCGUGCAGAGCCCCAGUGCCCAGAACCAGUGUGAGUCUGUGUAAGUGCGGCGGAGUGAUAACACUAUUAAUAGUUCACCACCGAUAAGGAAAGUGCAGCAGUGCCCCGUGCCUAUUGCUUGUGUUCUUCUUGGGUGGAUAAAAGCGUGUGCCGGAAGAUGGUGAACAUCGGGUUGGCGAAAGGAAUUUUCCUGGCCAGCGGGCUCGUGAUAUUCCUUUCCUUUGGCCCAGUGGCUGGGCAAGGUCCCAAAUGGACUCCGACUUUUGCGGACAACUUGCGCAAGGACCUCCUCACAGACUACGACCCGACGCUCCGUCCAUCGCAGUACUACAACGUAACGACCGUGGAAACAGGCAUCACCAUUACCCAUGUGGAAAUUAAUGAGCUCAAAUCAAUCUUUUCGGUCUACGGCUGGAUGAAAUUCACCUGGAAUGACCCCAAGCUCACCUGGGACCCAGCACAGUAUGGAAAUCUGGACGUAAUUAGAAUGGACCCGACCAUCGUCUGGCGACCGGAUGUUAUGCUGUACAAUAAUGCCGGCGGUUCCGAUAAUCACCAUUACGGAGAUACGAACGUUUUGGUUUACAAUACUGGCAAAGUGUUGUGGGUUCCCCCGACCGAGUUUCACUCGUUCUGCGAGCUGAACAUGCGGAUGUGGCCGUUCGACUACCAAAAGUGUAUGAUAAAGAUCGGCUCCUGGACGUUCGAUGGGUUCAGGCUAAACCUGACCAUUUCCGGCGAACCGGAGCGUCACAUAAUGCUGAAGAACUCGGAAUGGAAAAUAGUUGGAAAGGUAGUGUCCGAGCGACAUGACACAUACUACGCCUGCUGCAAGGAGCCCUACCCCGAUAUAACGUACAACGUGACUCUGCAACGCCAUUCCGAUACUCACCGCAAUAUCGUUGUGAUUCCUGCCUUGGUUAUCAUGAUUCUGGCGCUUUCCGUGUUCUGGCUGCCGCUGCAGUCCGGGGAACGCAUCGUAAUGAACGGAGUUAUCUCGCUAAUGAUAACGAUAUUUUUGGUCUAUUUUGCUCAACUGUUGCCAGCCAUUUCCGGCCACACGCCCCUGAUUGUAAUAUUCUUUAGCAACACACUUUUGCUCACCGCGUUCAGUACAAUCGUCAGUGUUGUCGUGUUGAAUACGGCCAAAUCCAAGCACGAGUCGAGUCUCCCGGCCCUCUGGAAACGAAUUGCAUCAGCCGUCGGUCCGUUUGUAGGAGUAGGAAGCAAACAUUUCCGGUUCACCGACAAAGGAAACGUGGCCAUCGAGAGCAACGCCAAUCACGAAUGGGUAAAGUUUGGAUUGGUGCUGAACCGUUUGUCUUUCGUUGUUUAUUGCGUGGUUUUUGUCAUCUGUGCCGCUUACAACCUUUGAACAGUUGUUUCAAAGUUACUCUACAAAGCGAGCUCGAUCAGAUGUAAUCGAUUUUUUAUGAGUUUAUCCAAUAACACGUCAUAAUAAAGACACCAAAGCCG